AUGGAACGAGAAGUACGUCGGCGCAUGCAAGGCAUGUCAAGACAGCAGAGAGAGGCUCAGGGUUUAUCAAAAGAAGAUUUAAUGCGACUAGAAGAAGAUGAAGAGCUGCCGCCUCCUCCUGUAGAUGUAGCUGAAGAAAUUGACGAAGAAUUUUCAUUUGCAAACCCUAAAGCCCUCGGCACAAACUUUGAUGAUAUCAGAGGUGUUAUCAAAGAAGUACAAGCACGUUCGGGUUCAAAAGAAUAUUCUUUACUGUCGCGUUUAUUAGAAAGAGGCGUCGGUUUGUUUGAUGACGGUCUGUCUAAGGCGUACAGAGUUGCUGUUGAGCUCCUAUACAGGUGGGGGUUCUUAAGAGUUAUUAUUUGUACGCACGCCUUGGCACUAGGAAUGAACCUUCCUUGCAAGUCUGCUGUCUUUGCUGGCGAUGCUCUCGUCUUAACCCCGACUAUGUUUAAACAGGCUGGAGGACGUGCUGGUCGUCGAGGGUACGACUCUGCUGGGCAUAUAAUAUUCUGGGAACUGCCGUUCAAACGGAUUAAUCGGCUGCUCGAAGCCCGACUGCCGGUCUUCUCUGGCGACUUCCCUGUUACCCCUAUUCUUACGCUGCGCACUCUCCGUUUGAAUGCACAGCUCGAGGGUUUAGGGAUUGCCGAUAAUAAUUUAGAAGCCCGACUAAACCCUUUGUUUUUAAACCCUCUCUUCUCAAUCUCCGCAACAAAUGGUGUUGCAACCGAAGAAUAUCUUCAGGUCUUGCGUUUCUUUAUUCGUUAUCAUCUGAGGUUUGCUGCUGAUUUGCUGCUGCGUAGCGGUUUGCUGUGUCGCUUUAACCCAGCAGCAGCAGCAGCAGCAGCAGGAGCAGCAGCAGGAGCAGCAGCAACAGAAGAUGUCGGGCUGACUAUCUGCGGAUUCAUUGCUGAACUCCUCUUCGAGAACGGCAGCGGGGCGGUUCUGCUGCUCUUCUUGCUGCUAGCAGGCGUCCUCAGCAACAUAGCUGAAGACAGCAGCAUCAAACAAACUGAAAAAGAAAAAGUUUUGCUGCAGCUGCUGUCUCUUUGCUUCGACCCUCGAGGUGCUGCUGCUGUUUCCUCGGGUUUCUUGCUGCAGCAGCUGCUGCAGCAGCGACAUGCAGCAGCAAGACAGAGGGCAGGCGACUGGGCAGCUGCAACAGGAGAUGCAGCAGCAGCAGCAGCACUUGCUGCUGCUAACACGCAGCAGCAGAAUGCUGACUCUCUAAGACCCUUCACUCCUGAGUUCCCGCCCGAUGUGCAGAUUGCUGUAGAGACAUAUAAACAAAUGGCUCUGAAAAAUCUUUUUAAUUGUUUGUCUGCCGCUGCAUCUGCAUUAUCCCAACGGUGUGGUAGAAGAGAAGAAGAGUUUUUAUUACCUUUCACACGCUUAUCAUUUGCAGAUAAAGACUUAUUAAAAAACAAGCAGCAGCAGCAGCAGGAGGCAGCAGCAGCAGCAGCAGGGGAACCGACAUUGCUGGAGGAGUAUAAGAAGAACGUGCACGUGUCUCGUUUACAGUCUCCAUUUGCAUGUUUGGGCUGCGAGUUAGACGCAGAGUUGUCUGCGAAUAUCGAGGCAAUAGAAGAUAGUAUUUGUUGCUUUAUACCGUUUCAAGGGGAGGUAAUGUGUGGGGUGCCUUUAUUGCGGGAGGAGACGAUCCCACGAUACGAUCCCGUCUCCCGCCGCUGCUCCUUACAACGCAUGCAUGCAAUAAACAGCUAUUUAAUUGAUCUAUACAGCCACGGCAAGCUAGCAAGAAUAGCAGCAGAAAACGGUAUUCCCCCGGAGAACCUUUGGAGGCUCCUUCAUCAGUUUGUUGUCUCCAUCGAGAGAUUAAACAAAGGGCUUUUGCUGCUCAUUGCUGGAAGAGCACCCCACAGUUUGCAGCAGCGCCUUGCUAAACUUCAGGCACUCGUCGAGUCAAUAUACACCCGAAUGAAGGCCGUGCUGAAGGAGGAAUCGGCAUAA